AUGACGGCGUACUACCUCCGGUUUCUGCCCCAUUAUUCUCAGACCACCGCUCCCCUUAGCCACCUCCUCAAAAAGGAGGAGCCGUGGAAUUGGACUGCAGCUUGCUCAGAGGCUUUCAGCUCACUAAAGGCUCAGCUCACCACACCCUCAUCUUGGCCCAUUUUGACACGUCCAGCCCCACCCUUGUCACCUGUGAUGCCUCAGCUGGAGCGGUGGGGGCUGUCCUCUCGCAGACACAAAACGGCGUCGAGCGGCCGGGCCCUGAACCCCGCUGAGCAGAGGUAUUCAGUCGGCGAACGUGAAGCACUAGCUUGUGUCUGGGUGUGCGAGAGGUGGCGCCUUUCUCUGUACAGCCGCCAGUUCACCCUCCGUACAAACCACCAGGCCCUCACUACUCUGCUGUCCGCCUUGGGCAGCGGCCACAGGCCCCUCCGUCUGCAUAGGUGGGGGGAGCGGCUCAGGCAGUAUGACUACCAGCUCAAGUUCACUCCAGGUAGUGGCAAUGUGGUUGCAGACCUCCUCUCUCGGUCGAUCGACACCUCCACUCCAACCAUUUCUCCUGCCACCUUCGAGGAAGAGCCCGAGAUCAUCCAGCUGUUGCACGGGCCCCUGCAAACAGUGGUGUCAUUGGAUGAGCUGUGGCGGGAAUCAGAACAGGACCCACUGCUGUCUACCCUGCGCACCUACAUACGGACUGGAUGGCCUCCACGGGUGCCUGAGGAUCUUGCCCCAUUUGCUAGGGUGCUACACAAACUCUCUGCUGGGGUGACUCUGUGUCUCCAGGGGCCUCUGCACUGUGGUCCCAAGUACCCUACAUGCACGUAUCAUGGCAAUGGCGCACAAGGGUCACUUGAGGAUAGUCAGUGUCAAGCAACGAUGCCGCGACCUAGUGUGAUGGCCAGACUGACAAGCACUCCUUCUACAAUAUGUGUUUUAAUAUUUAUUUUCCUUGGGUCAUUAUCUGUUGUCACAGUAUGUGGAAACCUUCUGGUAAUAAUCUCUAUCAUUUACUUCAAACAGCUCCACACUCCUACAAACUCUCUCAUCCUCUCUCUGGCUGUAGCUGACCUGCUUGUUGGUCUUGUAGUUUUUCCUCUCAGCAUGGCCUUCUCUCUUAGCUCAUGUUUACAUUAUGAACAUUUAUUUUGCAAAGUGAGAGAUAGCUUUGAUGUAACACUGAGCACAGCUUCCAUUCUGAAUUUAUGUUGUAUUUCCAUAUACAGAUAUUAUGCAGUGUGUCAGCCUCUGACAUACAGAACUAAGAUAAAUGGUCGUGUUGUUGUGAUCAUGAUUCUGGUCAGCUGGAGUGCUUCAGCUAGUGUUACAAUUAGCCUCAUAGUACAUGAUUUACAUCAAGAAAGAUGUAAAGAAAAUUGUUUCCUUCAUGUUUUACUAAUAAACACAUUCGGAAUAAUUUCCUCAUUUUACGGACCAGUCAUCAUAGUGCUCUCUAUCUACCUAAAGAUUUUCCUUGUGGCACAGAGACAGGCACACAGCAUCAGGAACACAACUUGUCAGAGCUCAAAGUCUGGAACAACCAUUAGUAAGAACGAGAGAAAGGCCACAAAAACUUUGGCUAUCGUACUGGGAGCUUUUCUGAUGUGCUGGACUCCCUACAUGAUCGUUUUUUCUCUUAAGACUUUGAAUCCUAUUUUUGUGUCAGUGCCACUUCCGCUGUUUGAAACUCUUAACUGGCUUGCACUGUCAAAUUCAAUGCUCAAUCCAUUUAUUUAUGCUUUCUUUUACAGCUGGUUCAGGUCAGCUUUCAGAAUGAUCAUUUCUGGGAAAAUAUUUCAAGGUGAUUUUGCAGAUACAAAACUGCUUUGA